CCUUAGUAAAGGCUGCCAUGGUUGAUCUAUGUUGGUUAACUGGUCAACAUUUUUCCUAGAGGCCAUUUGGAAUAAGUCCUAUACCUAGUUACUGUACUUUAUGCAUUUUUAUUUUUCAGUGUGCAAAGAUGCAAAUGUUGCAGACAUUGUUUUUCUGGUUGAUGGAUCCUGGAGCAUUGGUGAAGACAAUUUCAAAAGCAUGCAGGAGUUCUUAUACACCAUGAUAAAUGGUUUUGAUGUUAGUCAAGAAAACAUACGAAUUGGCCUAAUUCAGUACAGCGAUGAGCCACGUACAGAAUUCUACCUAAACUCUUAUGACAAGAAGGAAGAUGUACUAUAUUAUAUACAAAAUCUGAAGUAUAAAGGUGGGGGGACAAAAACUGGUGAAAGUCUUAAGUUCAUGCUGGAAAAUCACUUUACAGAAAGUGCAGGAGGAAGAGCAAAAGAUGGAAUCCCGCAAAUUGCAGUUGUAAUAACUGAUGGUCAAUCUCAAGACAACAUCAAGGAACCAGCAACCAGAGUCAAAAAUUCAGGAAUCACUUUAUAUGCCGUUGGUAUAAAGGAUGCCUCCUUGACUGAACUCAAUGAAAUAGCGAGUGAUCCAGAUGAUAAGCAUGUUUAUAACGUGGCUGACUUUACAGCUUUACAGGGUAUUUCCCAAAAUAUGCUUCAGGUACUAUGCACCACAGUAGAAGAGGCUACCAGAAAGAUUGGUCAGAUUGCUCAAGGUUGCCGAAAUGCUAACCAGGCGGAUAUCGUCUUCCUUGUAGAGAGUUCAAACCAAAUCAGUGAAGAUGCUUUUGCAGAUGUAAAGGAUUUCGUCUAUGGCUUGGCUUCCAGCCUUGAUGUUGGCAUCAACAAAGUCCGCAUAGGCCUUGCCCAGUACAGUGAUGAGACAAAUACUGUUUUCUUGUUGAAUGAUUAUUCGUUGAAGAGUGAAAUCUUAGAGAAGAUAGAAAGUUUGUCAUAUAAAGAUGGCAAUACCUAUACAGGACGGGCCCUAAAAUUUGUCAACAGCACUUACUUUACUGAGUCAGCCGGCAGCAGAGCAGCAGAAAAUGUUGCGCAGAUCCUUGUUUUGGUCACCUAUGGCCAGUCUUCUGAUGAAGUAAAAGAUUCAGCUAGAGAUCUUAAGUCCAGGGGAAUUUCAGUGUAUGUCACUGGACCUAAUAUUAAGGACAUUGGAGAGCUGAAGGAGGCUGCAAACAAGCCAAGUAGAAAGUUCUUUCAUUCUUUCGAAAAUUUUGAUUCAACUGAAGAAGUGACCAGGAAACUUCUAAAUAAUAUUUGCUCCAGCAUUAUCACAAACCUGAAAGCUUUCUCCAGACGCUUUGCAGAUGUUGUCUUCCUUGUAGAUUCUUCCUCUAGCAUUGGAAGUGCCGUUUUCCAGCAGAUAAAGCUAUUUAUUUCAAGGAUAACUGGACUACUUGAUAUUGGCAUUAGUAAAUACCGCGUUGGUCUUGCCCAGUUCAGCGGAGCAGCCCAGACUGAGUUCUUGCUGAACACAUACGACACCAAACAGCAAGCAUUAGAUCAUAUAAAAAGCAUUGCUUUUAGAGGUGGUCCACUGAACACUGGGAGUGCCUUGGAUUACUUACGCACAACUUUCUUUGUGGAAGAGGCUGGGAGCCGAAUUAACCAAGGCAUACCCCAAUUUGCAGUUGUUAUUACUUCUGCAAAAUCUAGAGAUGUUGUGACAACAUAUGCUGAAGGACUGAAGAGGAUUGGUGUCAUCACCAUUGCAAUUGGCAUUCGCAAUUCAGACAUGGAAGAAUUAGUACAGAUUGCAACUGAUCCAUUUGUUUUUAGAUUGAAAGACUUGCAGGGGAUACGAAACAUCCAACAAGAUGUAGUCAAUAUUAUUGUAACACAAGAAAUGCUCCAGUUUGCUCCAAAGGCAGUGGUGCCAGCAGUUUGCUCAAGUGCGGUUGUUGCAGAUAUUGUUUUCUUGAUUGAUGAAUCAAGUAGCAUUGGUGAUAUCAACUUUCAACUGACACGGGUGUUUCUCCAUAAGGUCAUCAAUGCAUUGGAGAUUGGCCUAAAUAAUGUACGUGUAGGUUUGGUUUUGUACAGUAAUGAGCCUACAUUGGAGUUCAAAUUGAACACGUUCAAUGAGAAGUAUGAAAUUUUGGACUACAUAACAAAGCUGCCAUACAAAGGAGGAACAGCACACACUGGAGCUGCCCUGAACUUUCUGCGAAAGGAACUAUUCACACAAGAAAAUGGUGGCAGGGCCCACCUUGGGGUACAGCAAAUUGCAGUGGUCAUGACUAACGGCCAAUCAGCUGAUGAAUUCAGAAAGCCUGCUACAAAACUCCGGAGAUCAGGGGUUGAAGUGUUUGCUGUUGGCUUUCAAAAUGCAGAAAAGAAGGACUUGAGGAUCAUGGCUUCACAUCCACCAAGAAAGCACGUCAUCAACGUGGAGUCUUUCUUACAACUUCCAAAUAUUGAACUUAAGUUGAAGAAGCAUCUUUGUAAUGAAAUUAUUAGUUAUUCAUUUGCCGCUCCAGCACUUGUAAGAACUCUGAAAGAUGGUUGCACCGAUACUGAAGAAGCUGAUAUUUAUUUUCUUGUUGAUGGCUCUGGCAGCAUAUACCCCGAGGAUUUCGACGACAUGAAAACUUUUAUGAUUGAAUUGAUGAGCAUGUUUCAAAUAGGUGCAGACAGAGUGCGCUUUGGAGUACUGCAGUACUCUGACAGGCCACAGAUUGAAUUCACUAUCGAUCAGUACACCAAUCAGAAGGCAUUGAAGGCGGCAAUAUUAAAAAUCGAUCAGUUGGGAGGUGGCACCAACACAGGGGAAGCUCUGAAAUCAAUGAAAGCCCUCUUUGCCAAAGCAGAAAGGGAGCGACCUCAUAAAGUUCCCCAGUCCUUGAUUAUCAUUACAGAUGGAAAGUCUCAAGAUCAGGUGACGGAAGCAGCAGCGGGCAUCAGAGGCAGUGGUAUCAAUAUAUUUGCGAUUGGCGUGAAAGAUGCCGUACAGGAAGAGUUGGUAAACAUAGCUGGGAGCAAAGACAAAACAUUUUUCGUUGAUAAUUUUGAUUCCUUGAAUUUAAUAAAGCAUGAUUUGGUCCGUGAUCUAUGUACACCAGAAGCAUGCAAAGACAUGAAGGCCGACAUUCUAUUUUUGAUCGAUAGUUCUGCCAGUAUUGAACCUGGUGAUUUUAAAAAAACUAAAGAAUUCAUGGAUUCAUUUGUAAGACAGGCCGAUAUCGGUUCCGACAAAGUCCAAAUUGGUUUAAUUCAGUUUAGCUCAGAAACCAAGGAGGAGUUUCAACUUAAUAGAUAUAAACAGAAGGAUGAUCUACAGGCCGCCAUUUCUGGUAUCCAGCAGAUGCAACAAGGAACAAUGACUGGAGCCGCCUUACAAGAUGCAUUACCAUAUUUCAGUGCUGCCAAGGGAGGAAGACCAAACAUAAGACAGUAUCUUAUAAUAAUCACAGAUGGAGAGUCACAAGAUGAAGUCGCACAACCAGCUGCCACUCUUAGGAAGUAUGGUGUUGAUAUUUAUGCUAUAGGGGUCCUAAGUGCUAACAAUUCACAGCUUCUGGAGAUUGCUGGACAGCAAGAUCGAGUUUACUUUGAAGACAGUUUUGAUGCACUUGCAUUCUUAAACAAGAUCAUCAUCUUUGAAAUCUGUAACCCUAAAGAGUCUUGUAAAAAGGCAGAGAUUGCUGACAUCAUUUUCUUGGUAGACGCCUCUAUCAGCAUCACCGUAUCUCAGUUUAAAAUCAUGCAAAGGUUUAUGGAGGCUGUGGUAAAUGACUCUAUGAUUGGAAAGGAUUAUGUGCGGCUUGGUGUUGUGACAUAUAGUACUACACCAGAAGAACAAUUCUCUUUGAAUACAUACUCAACUAAAUCUGAUGUACGGAAAGCUAUUUAUGAAAUUAAACGAACAAAGGGACUGACCUAUACUGCUACUGCUUUGGAGUACACUCAAGGUAGAUUUGAUCCAGCUUAUGGAGGUCGUCCAAAUGUAAGUGAUAUUAUUAUUCUCAUCACUGAUGGGGCAACCAGUGGUCCUGAUAAACCCAAGUUAGACACCGUACCCCAAACUUUGAGGAACAAGGGAAUCAUUAUUUUUGCUGUUGGAGUUGGUUCUGCCAAAAAGGAGGAGCUUGAAAAGAUUUCUGGUCAACCAGAUAGAUGGUUCCUUGUGGAGGAUUAUAGUUCACUGGAAGGAUUACAUGGAAAUAUAACUCAGGUGGUUUGUGAUCAGUCCCAAAAAGGCUGUUCCUAUGAACAGAUCGAUAUUGUGUUCCUCAUUGAUGGAUCAGCAAGCAUAACACCUAGUGACUUUGAAAUCUCAAAAUCCUUCAUGAAAAAUAUAGUGGACAGUUUUACAAUUGCACAGAACAGGGUUCGUAUUGGAGUGGCCCAGUACAGUGAUGACCCUCAGAAGGAAUUCUUCCUGAAUGAACACUUCUCCAGCUCAUCCAUGAAACUAAACAUAGAUAACAUAGUCCAGCUACAACAGAACACCUAUACUGGAAAAGCUCUGAAAUUUGCCAGUCAGUUUUUCGAUCCUGCCAAUGGAAGCCGGAAGAACCAAAAUGUCCCUCAAUAUUUAAUAGUCAUGACAGAUGGGGAGUCUCACGAUGAAGUGUAUGAAGAGGCUGCUGAGCUCAGAAGCAAUGGAGUCACAAUCUUCUCUGUUGGAAUUGGCAUCAAAAGUAAUUUUGAGCUUGCUCAGAUUGCAGGUACACCACAGAAUGUGUUUUUGGUGGAAACAUACGAAGUGCUGGAUUCAAUUCGAGGACAAAUUGUAAAUCAAGUGUGUGAACCAAAGGAUGAACCACAACUAGAUUGCAGCAUUGAUAUUACAGUAGCUGUUGACUAUUCCAGAAGAUCUAGACCAUCUACUGCCUCUCAGCUACAGCAGAAACUGUAUUACUACCUCCCUGAACUGAUGAAACGUGUUUCGACUUUGAGCAACCUCAGCUGUGUCUCUGGAUCGCAGAUAAAUGUUAGCUUUAGCUUUGCUGUUCCAGGUCUAGAUGGCUCAUUUUAUUUUGAUUCUGACUUUGAAAACUACAAUGAAGACAUCCUACGGAAAUUUAUUGACGCACAGUCAGCUGUGGAUACAUUUUUAAAUUUUAGGUUCCUUGAAACACUUUGGACAAAAUUUAAGACUUCCUCUACACAGAAAGCAAAGGUUAUUAUCAUUUUCUCUGACGGCUUGGAUGAUACUGUUGAGACACUUAAGGUGACAUCGGAAUCUCUCCGUAGAAAAGGCCUGGAUGGUUUAUUAUUGAUUGGACUGGAAGGGAACCAGAAUUUAAAUGAAUUGCAAGAAAUAGAAUUUGGCAGAGGAUUCUCUUACCACCAACCACUCAGCAUUGGAAUCUAUGACUUACCAAGUGUAAUGCUGAAAGAAAUUGACACAGUUGCUGAAAGAAAAUGCUGUAAUGUGAUUUGCAAAUGUCUCGGACAAGAUGGUCUUCGUGGUGCUCCAGGUCCUCCUGGAAUUAAGGGAAGUCCUGGUACUAAUGGCCCUCAAGGACAUCCUGGUGAAGAAGGCGGGAUGGGUGAGAGAGGUCAACGGGGAUUGAAUGGAACUCGUGGAGAAAGUGGCUGUCAAGGGCCUAGAGGACUCAAGGGUGGAAGAGGCUUUCGAGGCGAACGAGGAGAUGAUGGUGAUAAUGGUAUUGAUGGUGUGUCGGGUGAGCAGGGUAAUCGUGGAGAGCCUGGUUUGCCAGGGGAAACUGGGAGUGAAGGACCAAGGGGCAGAAGAGGUCCUCGUGGAGAGCCAGGUGAACGCGGUGAGCCUGGUCUGAGAGGUGACCCUGGGGAACCUGGAAUUAAUAAUAAUAUUCAAGGUCCAAAAGGACAGAAAGGAAAUGCAGGAAGACAGGGUGAACCAGGAAAUGAUGGCAUUGGAGGGGAACGUGGUGAUGAUGGCCUAGAAGGUCCGCAAGGCCGUAGAGGACCUCCUGGCUUAAAGGGUGAACGAGGAGUUCCUGGUGAACCAGGCUAUCCAGGGGAAGGUGGCAUCCAGGGCAUACAGGGACCUAAAGGUUUGCCUGGACCACCUGGGCUACAAGGCCAGCAAGGUCUACCAGGACCUCAGGGAACAGCUGGUGCUCCUGGUGCUCCUGGUACCUCUGGCAAUGUUGGACCUAAAGGACUAAAGGGAGAACCUGGAGACCCUGGAGACAAAGGUGACACUGGAAUUACAGGACGCAGAGGUUUGCCAGGCAUAGAUGGUGCAGAUGGAUACGGUUUCCCCGGUGUAAAGGGAGAAAAGGGCCAUAUUGGAUUCCCUGGAUAUCCUGGUCCUCAGGGAGAUGAUGGUGAUCUUGGUAAACCUGGAGAUCCUGGUCCUAAAGGAGUGAGAGGCAGGCGGGGCAAUUCUGGCCUCCCUGGAACAUACGGUAACCCUGGAGAAAGAGGACCUCCUGGUGCAAGGGGGCUAAAAGGACCUCAAGGAACAGUCUCAUUCACAACUUGUGAACUUGUAAAUUUCACCAGAGAAAAUUGCCCUUGCUUUUCAGGUCCUUCUACAUGUCCGGUCUAUCCAAGUGAAAUAGUGUUUGCUCUUGAUACAUCUCAAGAUGUUUCUGCAGCAGCCUUUCAAAGAAUGAAGGACAUCAUUAUCUCCCUUGUUGAAAAAAUAGAGAUUAGUGAAAGUAAUUGCCCCAAAGGGGCACGUGUUGCCGUAGUUACAUACACCAAUAAUGUUAAGCAACUCAUCCGCUUCUCGGAGUACAAGAAAAAAAGCCUGCUUCUAGAGGCAAUCCGCAAUAUUUCACCUGAAAGGACAACUGCUGAGAGAAACAUUGGAGAAGCAAUGAGGUUUGUAGCCAGAAAUAUCUUCAAGCGCAUUCGACAUGGAGUACUCAUGAGGAAAGUCGCAGUCUUCUUUGCCAAUGGACAAUCCCAAGACGCUACAUCAAUAAACACAGCUGUAUUGGAGCUUAGUGCUCACAAUAUUGCACCUGCAGUUAUUGCUUUCAAUGAUGUUCCUAAUAUUCAAAAGGCUUUUGCGGUGGAUGAAAGCAGAAGAGCCCAGCUCUUUGUAUGGAAGAGAUUGCAAGACCAAAGACUAGAAGUCAUUUCACAUUGCACACUCUGCUAUGACAAAUGCAACCCAGAUGAAGAGUGUGAACUGGACCCUACCCCUCCUACUGAGAUAGACAUGGACAUAGUUUUUAUCCUUGACAGUUCUCGUACUGUGAGAAGUGAUGACUUUUUGAAGGCAAAAGACUUUGUGAGCACAAUGCUUGACCAUCUGGUAGUCUCGCCACAGCCUAAAGCACCAGACACAGGGGCAAGAGUGGCUCUGAUUCAACAGGCUAAGCCCAACUUCAUGCCAAACAGAAAUGUGAGCCCUGUUAAAGAAGAGUUUGGGCUGGAUUCCUACAAUGACAGAAAUAUAAUGAAGAGGCACAUUGAAGAAGCUGUUACACAGCUUGAAGGCCCAUCAGCUAUGGGUUACUCUAUCCAAUGGGCUAUAGAGAACAUUUUUAGGAAAACUUCUAACGCAAGAAGGCACAAAGUCAUUUUUACAGUCCUCAGUAGCAGAACAAGUAGCUGGGACAGAGAAAAAUUGAAAGAAAUAUCUCGAAAAGCCAAGUGUGAAAAAUUUACACUAUUUGUGUUGGCCUUUGGAAAAGACAUAAAUCACAGUGAACUUGCUGAGCUUUCUAGCUCCCCCCAAGAUCAGCAUGCAUUGCACUUGCUUACUAUGUCAAGACCUGAACUUUUUUAUGCCGAGAGAUUCAGUCAUGCAUUUAUUAACCUUCUGAACCAUGAAUUGAACACCUACCCAUCUCCAGAUUUUCAAGGAGAAUGUGAAGGUCGUGGGGAUUCUGAUUUCUCUAUAAUAGAAAGUGUGACCUACGAAGAUCUGGAGAUUAAAUCUACAGAAGAAACAGCAGAAUAUGCUGAAAGAGAGAUAGAAGAAUAUACGUAUGAAGAAGAAAUAAAUGGCAAUGAUGAAGUGAAAGCCUCUGAGGAAGCAUUUGUUGGGACUAUUGAAACAGAGACCCCAAAAAUUGUUGCAGACAAGUGCAUGUUGGAUCCUGAUUAUGGUACAAUGUGUAAGGAUGCCCAGCACAUGUGGUACUAUAUCAAACAUAUUGAUGCAUGCUCCAAGUUCUGGUAUGGAGGUUGUGAUGGCAAUGGAAACAGAUUUAGCUCUGAAAAUGAAUGUCUACAUGAAUGCUCCUCCAAACGUCAAAGCACAAAAGAGCGAUUACAGGUACCCGAUAAAGAUAUCUGCACAUUAAAGCAAGAAGUAGGAAACUGCCAAGAUUAUGCACUGAAGUGGUGGUACGAUGCAGACAAAAAGGAGUGUUCCCAGUUCUGGUAUGGAGGCUGUGGAGGAAAUAAAAAUCGAUUUGAAACUCAAGAUCAGUGCGAGGUCGUCUGUUCAUCUUGAGAUCACUUUGCACAUUGGUAUAAUCCAGAAAUAAGCAAUCAUGUUCAGAAUCUGAAGAGAUCAUGCAUUAGUACUGUCAAUAAACUAGGUUGAAUGAAAUGCCAAACACACAGUUGUAAAAUGAAUAGCUAGACAUUUGUGUGUAUUUUUUCUUUUUUAUUUAAACAUUUUAAAUUGGACAAGUUAAAUGUUGUCUCUUUAAACUGCACUUUUUGUUGUUAUACUGUACCUCAAAGCCUUGCUCAUCUAUUUGGUAUUAACAGAAGGAUCAUUUAUUUUGGACCAGGCAUUUUAUUAUGAUGUAAUUUUUAAAUGGGUUAUCCAGGAAAAGAAAAAAACAGAGCAUAUUUCUUUCAAAAACAGCUCCAAGUCUGUCCCCAGGUUGUGCAUGGUAUUUCAACUUGGCUCCAUUCACUUUAAUGGAACUGCAGAACUACACCCAACCUGGAGACAGACGGGAAGCAUUUUUGAAAGAAAUUCGCUCGGGUUUUUAUAUUUCUCGAUAACCCCUUUAAAGGAAUUUUUAUUGUGAAAAGAUGUAAUGCAUACAUUGGUUUUAAAAUAAUUUAAGACUCUUACAACACUGGCCACAUGGCUUCUGUUUUCACAGGAUCCAUGACAAAUAUAAUGGAUCUUCGUUGAUUUGUCUUAAUCCAUUUACUUCAUCCAUUACAGCCAUAAAAGCAUGAGUUUAAAAGGAGACUUAAGUUAUGUUGGUCCUCCUUGUGGAGAUGGCCACUGCUUUCUAUUGUUGCUCACUUAAAGCAUACAUUCAAUGAUGGCCCCCGUGGCAGGAUAUAUGUUUAAAGGAGUACUCCGGCGCGCACUUUUCUCAUUUUAUCCUGUCCGGGCUGCAAAAU